AUGGCGCCGUGGUGGGGGCAGGAGGCGCGGGGAGGGGUGUCCGGCGGCGUGACGGGGACGCCCGUCGUGGUCAAGAUGCAGACCCCGGACUGGGCCAUCUCCGAGGUGCCGCCGCCGGGCUCCCCCGCCGCGGGGGGCAAGGACGGCCGCGGCAAGAACGCGCGCCAGAUCACCUGGGUGCUGCUCCUCAAGGCGCACCGCGCCGCCGGGAAGCUCACGGGCGCCGCCACCGCCGCGCUCUCCGUGGCGGCGGCCGCGCGCAGGCGGGUGGCCGCGGGCCGGACCGACUCCGACGCCGACGCCGACGGCGCGCCGCCGGGGCCGGGGGCCGGCAGGCCCGCGCUGCGCACCAGGCUCUACGGCUUCAUCCGCGCCUCCCUCCUCCUCUCCCUGCUCCUCCUCGCCGCCGACGUCGCCGCGCACGCCCAGGGCUGGCACCUCGCCGCGCUCCCUGACCUGGAGGCCGUCGAGGGCCUCUUCGCCGCGGGCUACGCGGCCUGGAUGCGCGCCCGCGCCGCCUACCUCGGCCCGGCGCUGCAGUUCCUCACCAACGCCUGCGUCGUGCUCUUCAUGAUCCAGAGCGCCGACCGCCUCAUCCUCUGCCUCGGCUGCUUCUGGAUCAAGCUCAGGGGGAUCAGGCCCGUGCCCAACGCCGCCGCCGCCGGCAACGGCAAAGGCUCGGACGACGUCGAGGCCGGCGCCCAGGAGGAGGAGGAGGAGGGGGAGUUCCCCAUGGUGCUCGUCCAGAUUCCAAUGUGCAACGAGAAGGAGGUGUAUCAGCAAUCCAUUGGAGCUGUCUGCAAUCUGGACUGGCCGAGAUCGAAUUUCUUGGUGCAGGUGCUCGAUGAUUCUGAUGAUGCUGCGACUUCUGCUCUCAUCAGAGAGGAGGUUGAGAAAUGGCAACGGGAGGGUGUCCGGAUAUUGUACCGGCACCGGGUGAUUCGUGAUGGCUACAAGGCUGGAAAUCUCAAGUCUGCCAUGAACUGCAGCUAUGUGAAAGACUAUGAGUUUGUUGUUAUCUUUGAUGCUGAUUUCCAACCACAAGAAGACUUCCUGAAGCUAACUGUGCCCCAUUUCAAGGGCAAAGAGGAUGUUGGACUAGUUCAGGCAAGGUGGUCUUUUGUAAACAAGGAUGAGAACUUGUUAACUAGGCUGCAAAACAUAAAUCUGUGCUUCCACUUUGAGGUGGAACAGCAGGUUAAUGGGGCAUUCCUCAAUUUUUUCGGGUUCAACGGAACCGCGGGAGUGUGGAGAAUUAAGGCACUCGAGGACUCUGGAGGAUGGAUGGAGAGAACGACAGUUGAAGACAUGGAUAUUGCUGUCCGAGCACAUCUAAAGGGAUGGAAGUUUCUCUAUCUUAACGACGUUGAGUGCCAGUGCGAAUUGCCGGAGUCAUAUGAAGCAUACAGAAAACAGCAGCAUCGAUGGCAUUCUGGUCCGAUGCAGUUGUUUAGACUCUGCUUUGUGGACAUUAUCAAAUCGAAGAUUGGGUUCUGGAAGAAAUUCAACUUGAUAUUCCUUUUCUUUCUCCUCCGAAAACUGAUUCUGCCCUUCUAUUCAUUCACCCUCUUCUGCGUCAUACUUCCAAUGACAAUGUUUGCUCCUGAAGCAGAGCUACCUGCCUGGGUGGUGUGCUACAUUCCAGCAACCAUGUCCUUGCUCAACAUCCUCCCAGCCCCAAAGUCCUUCCCAUUCAUCGUCCCCUACCUUCUGUUUGAGAACACCAUGUCGGUGACCAAGUUCAACGCCAUGAUCUCCGGCCUGUUCCAGCUCGGGAGCGCCUACGAGUGGGUCGUCACCAAGAAAUCCGGCCGGUCUUCGGAGGGCGAUCUCGUCGCCCUCGUCGAGAACGAGAAGCAAUCCAAGCAGCAGAGAGUAGGGUCCGCGCCCAACCUCGACUCCCUAGCAGCAAAGGAGGAAUUGUACCCGAAAUCGGAACCUAAAAAGAAGAAACACAAUAGGUUAUACAGGAAAGAACUAGCAUUGUCCUUCCUCCUCUUGACAGCAGCAGCUCGCAGCCUGCUCUCGGUUCAGGGCAUACAUUUCUACUUCCUUCUGUUCCAGGGGGUGUCGUUCUUGGUCGUCGGGCUCGACCUCAUCGGCGAGCAGGUGGAGUGA